AUGGAAAUGCUACUGUUUGGUGUCUGGGCCCUGCUGGCUUUGAUCUCUUCCUCAGGGGCCACUGAAGGGCUAUUUGAGGUGUCUGUUUGGCCAGAUCAGGCCCUGGUGAAGUUUGGACAGUCCCUUAUGGUCAACUGCAGCACUACCUGUCCAGACCCAGGACCCAGUGGAAUUGAUACCUUCUUAAAGAAAACCCAGGUGGGCAAAGGGCCUCAGUGGAAGGAGUUUCUCCUGGAGGAUGUCACCGAGGAUUCCAUUCUGCAGUGCUUCUUCUCUUGCUCAGGGAUCCAAAAGGACACAAGCCUGGGCAUCGUCGUGUAUCAACCACCGGAGCAGGUGAUCCUGGAGCUGUUGCCUAUGUGGGUGGCCUUGGACGAAGUCUUCACAGUGAAAUGCCAUGUACCCAGGGUAGCACCCCUGGAGAACCUCACCCUUACGCUUCUCCAGGGUAACCAAGAACUGCAUAGAAAGAACUUUAUGAGCGUGGCUGUGGCCUCCCAGAGAGCUGAGGUCACCAUCAGUGUCAGAGCACAAAGGGAAGAUCACAGGUGCAAUUUCUCCUGCCAUGCAGAACUGGACCUGAGUUCACAUGGCGGCGGGCUGUUUCAGUCCAGCUCAGCCAGCAAGGUUCUCCAGAUUUUUGAAUUCUCUCAGCACCCCCAAAUUUGGGUCUCUCCACUUUUGGAGGUUGGGACGGCAGAGACUGCGAGCUGUGAGAUGGCUAGGGUGUUCCCAGCUAAAGAGGUGGUGUUCCAGAUGUUCUUGGGAGACCAGGCACUGAGCCCCUUCCUCUCCUGGGAGGGAGACACCGCCUGGGCCAAUGCCACUGUUCGGGCCAUGGAGACCGGUGACCAGGAGCUGUCCUGCCUUGCAUCUCUGGGUCCAAUGGAACAGACAACAAGAGAGCCGGUGCACGUCUAUAGCUUCCCUCCACCAGUCCUGGAGAUAGAAGAGCCAUACCCAUUGGCAGGGACAGACACUAAUGUGACCUGUGCGGGGCAUGUGUUAACAUCACCCACUCCUACUCUUCGGCUUCAGGGAGCCCCAGACAACCCUGCCCCUGGGGAGCCUGCCUGGCUUUUACUUACCACCAGGGAGGAAGAUGAUGGCCGAAAUUUCUCCUGUGAGGCCUCUUUGGAGGUUCAGGGUCAGCAGUUGAUCAAAACCACCACAGUCCAGCUCCAUGUCUUAUACAAGCCAAGGUUAGAGGAAUCUAGUUGCCCUGGCAACCAGACAUGGAUGGAAGGGAUGGAACAGAUGCUUGUCUGUGUCCCAGAGGGAAAUCCAACUCCAUCGUUGGUGUGUACCUGGAAGGGAAUGAUGUUUGACCUUGAAGUACCACAGAAGGCAACCCAGAACCACACUGGAACCUACUGCUGCACGGCCACUAACCAGCUGGGCUCUGUCAGCAAAGACAUUGCUCUCAUUGUUCAAGGACUGGAUGUAGGAUUCGGCUCCACCAUCUUCAUCAUCAUCAUUGUCGCCCUUGGAGUGGGUGUAAUCACCAUAGCACUGUAUUUGAACUAUCAGCCCUGCAAGAGAGAGAGGAGGAAGUUGCCCUAUAGGCAGAAAGAGAAGAACAAGGAUGAAGAAAGUCAGUUUGCUGUUCAACAAGCAGAAACAUGUACCACACAUAACUGUUAA